ACAUACUCAUUGACCGAAUAGGACACAUCAAGCUGUGGAUUUUGGAUCAGCGGCUAAAAUGAGCUCGAAUAAGAUGGUGAACGCAAAACUCCCGAUUGGGACCCCAGAUUACAUGGCCCCUGAAGUGUUGACUGUGAUGAAUGGGGACGGAAAAGGCGUCUAUAGCCUGGAUUGUGACUGGUGGUCAGUGGGAGUUAUUGCUUAUGAGAUGGUUUAUGGAAGAUCCCCAUUCACUGAGGGAACGUCAGCCAGAACCUUCAAUAACAUCAUGAAUUUCCAGCGGUUUUUGAAGUUUCCAGAGGAUCCAAAAGUUAGCAGCGAAUUACUUGAUCUGAUUCAGAGUUUGUUGUGUGGCCAGAAAGAGAGACUGAAGUUUGAAGGCCUUUGCUGCCACCCUUUCUUCUCCAAAAUCGACUGGAAUAACAUUCGUAACUCUCCUCCCCCCUUCGUUCCCACCCUCAAGUCUGAUGAUGACACCUCCAAUUUCGAUGAACCAGAGAAGAAUUCGUGGGUUUCAUCCUCUCCGCGCCAGCUGAACCUCUCCGGUUUCUCGGGCGAAGAACUGCCGUUUGUGGGGUUUUCGUAUAGCAAGGCACUGGGAAUUCUUGGUAGAUCUGAGUCUGUUGUGUCAAGUCUGGACUCCCCUGCCAAGACUAGCUCCAUGGAAAAGAAACUUCUCAUCAAAAGCAAAGAGCUGCAAGACUCCCAGGACAAGUGCCACAAGAUGGAGCAGGAAAUGACCCGGUUACAUCGGAGAGUGUCAGAGGUGGAGGCUGUGCUUAGUCAGAAGGAGGUGGAGCUGAAGGCCUCUGAGACUCAGAGAUCCCUCCUGGAGCAGGACCUUGCUACCUACAUCACAGAAUGCAGUAGCUUAAAGCGAAGUUUGGAGCAAGCACGGAUGGAGGUGUCCCAGGAGGAUGACAAAGCGCUUCAGCUUCUCCAUGACAUCAGAGAGCAGAGCCGGAAGCUCCAGGAAAUCAAAGAGCAGGAGUACCAGGCUCAAGUGGAAGAAAUGAGGUUAAUGAUGAAUCAGCUGGAAGAGGACCUCGUUUCAGCGAGGAGACGGAGUGAUCUCUAUGAAUCGGAGUUGAGAGAGUCUCGGCUCGCUGCUGAAGAGUUCAAGCGGAAAGCCACAGAAUGUCAGCAUAAACUGAUGAAGGCUAAGGAUCAAGGGAAGCCUGAAGUGGGAGAAUAUUCCAAACUAGAGAAGAUCAAUGCUGAACAACAGCUCAAAAUUCAGGAGCUCCAAGACAAGCUGGAAAAGGCUGUAAAAGCCAGCACAGAGGCCACUGAGCUGCUGCAGAAUAUCCGCCAGGCAAAGGAGCGAGCCGAGCGUGAGCUGGAGAAGCUGCAGAACCGUGAGGACUCCUCUGAAGGAAUAAAAAAGAAGCUGGUGGAGGCCGAGGAACGCCGCCAUUCUCUGGAGAACAAGGUAAAGAGGCUAGAGACCAUGGAGCGUAGAGAAAACAGACUGAAGGAUGACAUCCAGACAAAAUCCCAACAGAUCCAGCAGAUGGCUGAUAAAAUUCUGGAGCUGGAGGAGAAGCACCGCGAGGCCCAGGUCUCAGCCCAGCACCUAGAGGUGCACCUGAAACAGAAAGAACAGCACUACGAAGAAAAAAUUAAAGUGUUGGACAACCAGAUAAAGAAAGACCUGGCCGAUAAAGAGACUCUGGAGAAUCUGAUGCAGAGACACGAAGAGGAGGCCCACGAGAAGGGCAAAAUUCUCAGUGAGCAGAAGGCGAUGAUCAAUGCUAUGGAUUCCAAGAUCAGAUCCCUGGAACAGAGGAUUGUGGAACUCUCAGAAGCCAAUAAACUUGCAGCAAACAGCAGUCUUUUUACCCAGAGGAACAUGAAGGCCCAGGAAGAGAUGAUUUCAGAACUCAGGCAGCAGAAGUUCUACCUGGAGACACAGGCAGGGAAACUGGAGGCCCAGAACCGAAAGCUGGAGGAGCAGCUGGAGAAAAUCAGCCACCAAGACCACAGCGACAAGAACCGGCUGCUGGAGCUGGAGACGAGGCUGAGGGAGGUCAGUCUAGAGCACGAGGAGCAGAAACUGGAGCUGAAGCGUCAGCUCACAGAGCUGCAACUCUCCCUGCAAGAGCGUGAGUCCCAGCUGACGGCCCUGCAGGCGGCCCGGGCGGCCCUGGAGAGCCAGCUUCGCCAGGCCAAGACCGAGCUGGAGGAGACGACGGCGGAGGCAGAAGAAGAGAUCCAGGCGCUCACGGCACAUAGAGAUGAAAUCCAGCGCAAAUUUGACGCCCUUCGUAACAGCUGUACUGUAAUCACAGACCUGGAGGAGCAGCUAAACCAGCUCACCGAGGACAACGCUGAGCUCAACAACCAAAAUUUCUACUUGUCCAAACAACUCGACGAGGCUUCUGGCGCCAACGAUGAGAUAGUACAGCUACGAAGCGAAGUGGACCAUCUCCGCCGCGAGAUUACGGAGAGAGAGAUGCAGCUCACCAGCCAGAAGCAAACGAUGGAGGCUCUGAAGACCACUUGCACGAUGCUGGAAGAACAGGUCAUGGACCUGGAGGCCCUAAACGACGAACUGCUGGAAAAAGAGCGUCAGUGGGAGGCGUGGAGGAGUGUCCUUGGUGACGAGAAGUCCCAGUUUGAGUGUCGGGUUCGAGAGUUACAGAGGAUGCUGGACACCGAGAAGCAGAGCAGGGCGAGGGCCGAUCAGCGGAUCACUGAGUCCCGCCAGGUGGUGGAGCUGGCGGUGAAGGAGCACAAGGCUGAGAUUCUCGCUCUGCAGCAGGCCCUCAAAGAGCAGAAGCUGAAAGCCGAGAGCCUCUCUGACAAGCUCAAUGAUCUGGAGAAGAAACAUGCCAUGCUUGAAAUGAACGCCCGAAGUUUACAGCAGAAACUGGAGACUGAACGGGAGCUCAAACAGAGGCUUCUGGAAGAGCAAGCCAAAUUACAGCAGCAGAUGGAUCUGCAGAAGAAUCACAUCUUCCGUCUGACUCAAGGGCUGCAGGAAGCCCUAGACCGGGCUGAUCUGCUGAAGACGGAAAGGAGCGAUCUGGAGUACCAGCUGGAAAACAUUCAGGUUCUCUAUUCUCAUGAAAAAGUGAAAAUGGAAGGUACUAUUUCUCAACAAACCAAACUCAUUGAUUUUCUGCAAGCCAAAAUGGACCAGCCCGCUAAAAAGAAAAAGGGUUUAUUUAGUCGACGGAAAGAGGACCCUGCUUUGCCCACACAGGUUCCUCUGCAGUACAAUGAGCUGAAGGUGGCUCUGGAGAAGGAGAAAGCUCGCUGUGCAGAGCUAGAGGAAGCCCUUCAGAAGACCCGCAUCGAGCUCCGGUCUGCCCGGGAGGAAGCUGCCCACCGGAAGGCCACAGACCACCCGCACCCAUCUACGCCAGCCACCGCGAGGCAGCAGAUCGCCAUGUCCGCCAUCGUGCGGUCGCCCGAGCACCAGCCCAGUGCCAUGAGCCUGCUCGCCCCGCCAUCCAGCCGCAGAAAGGAGUCAUCGACUCCAGAGGAAUUCAGUCGGCGUCUUAAGGAGCGCAUGCACCACAAUAUUCCUCACCGAUUUAACGUAGGAUUGAACAUGCGAGCCACAAAGUGCGCUGUGUGUCUGGAUACUGUGCACUUUGGGCGCCAGGCAUCCAAAUGUCUUGAAUGUCAGGUGAUGUGUCAUCCCAAGUGCUCUACGUGCUUGCCAGCCACCUGUGGCCUGCCAGCCGAGUAUGCCACACACUUCACCGAGGCCUUCUGCCGUGACAAAAUGAACUCCCCGGGUCUCCAGACCAAGGAGCCCAGCAGCGGCCUGCACCUGGAAGGGUGGAUGAAAGUGCCCAGGAAUAACAAACGAGGACAGCAAGGCUGGGACAGGAAGUACAUUGUCCUGGAGGGAUCUAAAGUCCUCAUUUAUGACAGCGAAGCCAGAGAAGCUGGACAGAGGCCGGUGGAAGAAUUUGAGCUGUGCCUUCCCGACGGGGAUGUAUCUAUUCAUGGCGCCGUUGGUGCUUCUGAGCUUGCAAAUACAGCCAAAGCAGAUGUCCCCUACAUACUGAAGAUGGAGUCUCACCCACACACCACCUGCUGGCCUGGGAGAACGCUCUACUUGCUGGCUCCCAGCUUCCCCGACAAACAGCGCUGGGUCACCGCCUUAGAGUCUGUGGUCGCAGGUGGGAGAGUUUCUAGGGAAAAAGCAGAAGCUGAUGCUGGCCGUGACUGUAUUUCCUACGAGCUUCUGCCUGCGUGGGUUCAGAAAUUGCUUGGAAACUCCCUGCUGAAACUGGAAGGUGAUGACCGUCUAGACAUGAACUGCACACUGCCCUUCAGCGACCAGGUGGUGUUGGUAGGCACUGAGGAAGGGCUCUACGCUCUGAAUGUCUUGAAAAACUCCCUCACCCAUGUCCCAGGAAUCGGAGCAGUCUUCCAAAUUUAUAUCAUCAAGGACCUGGAGAAGCUACUCAUGAUAGCAGGAGAAGAGCGAGCUCUGUGCCUUGUUGACGUGAAAAAAGUGAAGCAGUCCCUGGCGCAGGCUCACCUUCCCGCCCAGCCCGACAUCUCACCCAACGUUUUUGAAGCCGUGAAGGGCUGUCACUUGUUUGCUGCUGGCAAGAUUGAGAACGGGCUCUGCAUCUGUGCAGCCAUGCCCAGCAAAGUCAUCAUUCUCCGCUACAAUGAAAACCUCAGCAAGUACUGCAUUCGGAAAGAGAUAGAGACCUCAGAGCCCUGCAGCUGCAUCCACUUCACCAAUUACAGUAUCCUUAUUGGAACCAAUAAAUUCUACGAAAUUGACAUGAAGCAGUACACGCUUGAGGAAUUCCUGGAUAAGAAUGACCAUUCCUUGGCGCCUGCUGUGUUUGCCUCCUCUUCCAAUAGUUUCCCUGUCUCGAUCGUGCAGGUGAACGGCGCAGGGCAGCGGGAGGAGUACCUGCUCUGCUUCCACGAAUUUGGGGUGUUCGUGGAUUCUUAUGGAAGACGUAGCCGCACAGACGAUCUCAAGUGGAGUCGCUUACCUUUGGCCUUUGCCUACAGAGAACCCUAUCUGUUUGUGACCCACUUCAACUCACUAGAAGUAAUUGAGAUCCAGGCACGCUCUUCUCUGGGGACCCCUGCCCGAGCGUAUUUGGAAAUCCCGAACCCACGCUACUUGGGCCCUGCAAUUUCCUCAGGAGCGAUUUACCUGGCGUCCUCAUACCAGGAUAAAUUAAGGGUUAUUUGCUGCAAAGGAAACCUUGUGAAGGAGUCCGGCACUGACCACCACCGGGGCCCCUCCACCUCCCGCAGCCCCAACAAGCGAGGCCCACCAACAUACAACGAGCACAUCACCAAGCGUGUGGCCUCUAGCCCGGCGCCACCGGAAGGCCCCAGCCACCCACGAGAGCCAAGCACACCCCACCGCUACCGAGAGGGGCGGACAGAGCUGCGCAGGGACAAGUCUCCUGGCCGCCCCCUGGAGCGAGAGAAGUCCCCAGGCCGGAUGCUCAGCACGCGGAGGGAACGCUCACCUGGGAGGCUGUUUGAAGACAGCAGCCGGGGCCGGCUGCCUGCGGGAGCCGUGAGGACCCCACUGUCCCAGGUCAACAAGGUCUGGGACCAGUCUUCAGUAUAAAUCUCAGCCAGAAAAACCAACUCCUCAUCUUAAUCUGCAGGAAAACCCCAAACACUCUAAGGAACUUUGCUGAAGGGGACCCCAGCCCCCAUCUGCUCAGCCACCCCACGGCACAGCUGGGUCCAGACCCACCUCAGUGUGGACGCCCUGCAGCCAGGUGGUGCCGGGCUGAGGCUCUCGGGAGCCGUCAGCACCUUCCUGCAGUCACCCUCUGUGCACUUUCUCUUUCAGAGCAUUCACAAACUUUUAUACCUGGCUCUAGCCUGUACCAGUUCAUCAAAGGAAACCAACCUGCGCUAACUACAACGUGGUUAGAAUCCUAUUUAAUAGCUACUUUAAGAUCCUAGGGUUGGUUGGUUUUCUUUUUUUUUCUUUUUUUUUUUUAAAGACAACAGAAUUCUUAAUAGAUUUGAAUAGCAAUGUAUUUCCUGUCGUAGUCAUUUUUAGCUAGAUCACACCAUCAGGUCUUUGCUACGGAAACGUAUUGUAGAAGAGUCCCCGCCAGUUGGCUAACCUCCUGCGCUCAUGUAGGUUCAUUCUUGUUCCAGUCCAUCCUCACAGAUGGCCCUGUUUUACCCAGGGUGACAUCUUAGCCAAAUGUUUACCGUUCUCAUUGCCUUUUAUGGCCUUGACGACUUCCCCUCCCACCAGCUGAGAAUGUACGGAGGUCAUCAGGCCUCAGCUCGGAGGCAGUGACUUGGGGCCAAGGAACCUCGAGGAGCUCUCCCUCCCCGCCCCUCAGCGUCAUCUCCCCAGCCUGCUGUCCCUGCUUUCCAUGUAGCUUUGGCCAGGAAAGCAUGCAAUAGACUUGCUCGGAGCCCAGCGUUGAUGAGUCUCUGGGCCCGGGAGAGGACCGGGGGGCCAUCCACCUCCUGUCCGCGACAGCGCGUCGUUCCCCACCCUGGGAUGGGAAGAGACCCGUCCGGGAGUUCUGCAUGGCGGUUUCACUGCAUGUGCUGCCCCCUGACCUGGCUGCCCCCCUGGGUUGCUCUGCCAAUGUACUAGUACCAUACCAUCGCUCCCGCUGAAUCGAGACCCUCUGACCACUUGCCAAUUCACUGGCCACAAAAAGCUGCAGUCUGUAGCACUGAACAAACAAAAAACCAAACGCUCAAGCCUUACGACCAGAGAAGGAUUUCAGCAAACCACCACCUCACACCUUCACGCUUCCCUGCCGCCUCCCUCGUGGAUGACUCCGUGUUCACACAAAAUCCAGCACAGUUCUACCCCACGAAACUGUGACUUCCCAAGUGAGCCUUUCCCUAGGGCUAGACUAAGACCAGGAAGUUGGAGAGAGCCGCGGCCCCUCUUCCACCUCUGCUGGGGUCAGGAGGUCCUCCUUAGG